AUGGCGGUUUCAAUUGACAACACGUUUGGUGCUGGCCUUCUUGGCGCCAUCCUCACUGCAAUCCUGUAUGGUGUCACAAGUGUGCAGACCUAUCUUUACUUCGUCAAUUAUCCUAAGGAUCCCGCAAGGUUGAAGAGCUUGGUCUCCGUUAUCUGGUCAGUACAGCUGCUUGAUAUAUGGGCCUCAAUGAGCCUCAGUUCAGUCCCGUCUCCCAGGGUGCUUGAUACUGCGCAUGUCGCCGUAGUCACAUUCUCCAUCUAUCACUAUCUAGUCACUAAGCACUUCAGUUUGCCUGAACAUAGUAAUCGCUGUACUCGUGCAAGGGUUCUUUACGCACCAGGUUUACACCAGCUCGUGCGAUGGACCUUAACGCCGCUACUUGUGUUACUAGUGCUUCUCCACUUCGUAUUCGGAUUAGAAACCGUUGCAUGGUUGUUCAUCAAAACUACAUUUGAGAAUUUUAACCGUUCUCAAGAAGUCAAGUUGGCUGCUGCUACACCCUUCGCCAUAUUUGCUGUUCUUUCUGAUAUUGGGGUUGCCGCUUCGCUGUGCGCUUUACUUCAUGAGGGCCGCACGGGUAUCAAAAAGACAAAUGCGAUAAUAACCACCCUCAUGAUCUAUGCAGUUAACCGCUGCCUACUGACGUCAGUUGUCGCAGUCACGGAAGUCAUAGUGUUUAUUGCGACACCUGAUGCCCUAUGGUAUCUCGCCAUAGACUUCGUCAUCGGAAAACUUUACGCAAACAGUCUUCUUGCAUCAUUGAACUCCCGGAACUUCCUCCGCGCACAACAAGACGGGAAUGUCCUAACCAUCUCAACUCAUGCUUCAUCACGCUUCGGUCCUUCGAGCGGAAAUGGCGGACACUCGCAAAACCACGCAAUGAUCGCCCUCAAGCCGAUGAAUCACGGUGGUUCAAUUUCAACUGAAUCUGAAGCGGCGACAACGUUUGGGUCGGCGAAUAGUGUGCCCAAGGUACAUCCUAAUGUUUUUGAUGAUUGA